AUGAAGGCAAAGAUAGUAAUACUUGAGGAAAACAAAUGUCGCCUUGAAGGACGAGCAGAUCAGCUGGAAAAGGAUCUAAAAGAAAGUAGAAAGGAAAAUAUCCGCUUGGAGGUCCAUCAAGAGAGACAGAAUAAACGUGAAAAGAAACUCGUAAGGAACCUGAUUGCCUUAGGGGAGCAAUAUAAAAGAGAGAUGAACGCCAUAAAAGAAACACAUGCAGAGGAGAUAAAUGCCUUAAAAGAAAGAAAUGCAGAAGAGGUGAAUGCUUUAAAAGAAAGAAAUGCAGAGGAGAUGUUGGCGCUCAAGAAGCAGUUGCAUACCUUGAAAGAGGCACUUGCCACUACUCAAAACAAUAAUUACAGCUUGAAUGAGGUACUUGUCACAGCUCAAAACAACAAUUACAACUUGAAUGAGACACUUGCCACAAUUGCGGCUCAAAACAAUGAUUACAGUUUGAAGGAGACACUUGUUACAGCUCAAAACAACAUUUACAACCUGAACGAGGUACUUGGCACAGCUCAAAACAUCAAUUACAGCUUGAAUGAGGCACUUGCCACAAUGGCAGAUAAAAACAACAAUUGUUUACUCAAAUAUGAUGGGUAA